AAUGAAAAGCUCUGCAGCUUAUAACUGAAGUUGCUCCGGUCCCACGUCCAGAGGUGGGUUGGACCAAACCUUUGAGCCCAAGUUAGAAAAUAGCUUAAAAAAUACAUAAUCCCAUGAUGCAUUGGAUGCAUUAGAAGAAAUCUGAAAAAUAAACAAGGGAAUAACUUCUUGAUUGGUUGCCAUUUUCCCAGGUUUGGAUGUUGGCCAAUCAUUUCAUUGGACAGCCCACCCCACAGCCUUGGUCUGGCUCGGAGUGACCACAUGGGGGGACAAAAGGGCAAGGCGGAGAGGGGAAUGUGGUCAGGGUGCUAAAAUUAGCCACUGAUAGCGCUGGUGCUGCUCAGAGGAGGGCAAGAAUGAAAGAGGGAGAGACAAAGCUGUGUCAGGCGAACCUCUGAAUCAUUGUCAUUUGACUGGAUCCUGCAGAGUUUGAGUAACAGGCCCCCUUUAAAGCGGUUGAAUAGAGAUGUACCGCUAUUGUUUGUUUGUUUGUGUGGCUUCUGGGCAUUUCUGAAAAAGUGAAUACUUAGCUGGCUCCUCAGUGGCUGAAAUCCUGAUUACUGAAUUUGGUAACAAAAUAGAAACAUUUCAUUCCGACAAAGCUGAAAGAGGUGUUAUCUGGCAAGAUUUCAACAAUCAAAAUUCCUCUGACCAAAACAUUGUGUCCACAACAUGAUGUAAACCAAAUAGUUGUGACAGCUACAGCAUUCCAUCUCCAGCAGAAGAGAGAUAAGGUGCCAUAGUAUCUUGUAGGAGUUUAUUUAGGAGGGUAUGGAAUGUCACAGCUUCCCAACAACUGUAACAAAACUGUAGCCAUAAAACUUGUUUGUGGUUGUUUAAAAUCCCUUUACUGGGAGCAGUACCUUAAAUAGUAUUAACUUAUUAGUACCUAAUAGUUCCUUAGCACUGUUGACCUUUAAUUGACUAAACGUAUUAGAUGUGUGAACACCAAAAACGGCGAUCAGAGACAAGCUAAAAAGUUGUUUACUUGGAGUGUAUUGAUUUUUGUCACACACAUUCAUGUCACUGAAGUGCUGACAGAGACAUUCACAGAGCUGUUAGAAUAUUACAACUAGACUGGAGUGUAGCAGGUAUUUUAGCAGAUAGAAGUUUGUUUGGCCAUUGACACACAUAAAAACUUCAAACUGGUUUGGGAUGUUUUUCCUGAAGCAGCUGCCUGCAUUCCUGCCUGUCAACCGAGAGCUAGAACAAUGCAUUGCUUGUUGCCUGUGGAAAUGGGGAAAUUUCUCUGAUGCAAUUAAACUAUUUUUCUCAGUUACAGUGAUGAAAUACACAUCUGCGAACACCGUUUAAAAAGAAAAGAAAGAAACUAAAAAAACAAACAACAAGCCAGACCAGAAGGUUCACAGAAACAGGAGUGAGAUUUAACACGGAGGCAGGGAGUGAAACAAUUAGUGAAACAAAGGUAAAAAAAAGCACCUUGAUAAACAGGCUAAACAGAAUAACAGUGACACACAGUUCCCCAUUAGUUUUCAUGGCAGAGUGGAGGGUGUGGUCUUGGGGAGGGGGCAAAUGUGGGGAUGGGUGUCCCUACACGAGACCACACUCAGUCCUGACUGACAACGGAGAAUAGACAGGAGAGGGGGGAAGAGCCAGCGAGAGAGAGAGAGAACAGAUCAGAAAAAAACUGGACUCUGAGCUGUCCCAGGACCCUGGGAAAGGAUUCCUUUAGGAAGACCUCCAGAUGGACCACACCUCCACAAACGAUCAGUAACACGGUGGAUUCUCUAUCAGUGGAAGCUGGAUUGCUGAUCUCUGGAGAGGAUCGAGACGUGACAUCACUGAGAUGUGUCUUAGUGGGCUCCAGCGGGCCGCGGUUGUCCUCCAGGAGCAUCGCGCCGUCUCGCUCGCCCUCUCGGCCCUGGUGGUGGUGAGCGACCUCUCGGCCGCAUUCCUCAACCAAGGCGCCUUCAGACGCCACUUCCACCUGGUGCUCUCUGUCCUGCUUGUGUCUGGGCCUGCCCUAAGUAUGUGGGUCUCCAAGUACAGUGUGUUCGCUAAUAACAACCACUACCUGUACAGGACGUUCCUGAGUUCAGCUUGGGGCUGGACCUGCAUCCUCACGGGAUCCUUCAUCUUCCUCCUUUCCUUCUCCCUCCGCCGCUCUGUCUUUCUAUCCCUCCGUCACCUCUCUCGGCUGGCCGCAGCCAGUGCUGUGUGGCUGGCCCUUCGCUGGCUGUUAACCUCCCUGGAAGAUGCUUCCGGAAGCUGUUUUGAGCCUCUCGGCACCACUCUCAAAGCCUGUGUGGAGGCCACAUCACCCGGGCAGGGCUCAAGACUGCUGCUCCGGGACGGGGAGAGUAAGACGACCUGCCUGCGUGCUGGAUUUCAGUGGCGUGGCUGUGAGGUAUCCCAGGAGGCCCUGCUGCUGUGCCUGUGCUGCCUGCUGCUGGUGGAAGAGACAGCCAUGUUUGGGCAGUGCGUACGCUCAACAGGGACUCCCCUCAGGCUGCUAUUCCUGCUCUGUGUCUGCCUGCUGGGGCUCUGGUUCUUCCUGCUCUUCUGCCUGCUGGCUCAUUUCCCACAGUUCCCCUCCCAGCUGAUAGGGGGAGCUCUAGGCUGCCUGGCCUGGAGAGUUCUCUACCUGGGUUGGUUUAGAUUUGAACCAAGCUGGUGCUGUCCAGGUGGGCCCACCAGUGGACUAUUAGUUGCCACAGAAAAGAAAGGAGAGGUGAAGAAUGGAAACAGAGAAAUGUUUUUCUAAUGUGACGGUUGUACACCUCUUGUUUUGAAAGUGGUUACUGCUGCUGAUAGACUUUUAGACAUUGAGGGAGACUGAUAAAGUCUCCAGGAUGUAAUGGGUGGGAAACAAGAAUCAGUGUCUUUGCAGGGCGCGUUGUGGACAUUUCAAACACAAAUAAAACCUGACUGAUAUAAGAAUUACAAUAUAAUAAUAUAAGAUUACACCUGAAGAGUAAUAUGAUAAUCGGUUUAUUUUGGAAAUAGCAUAACAGCAUUCUAAUACAGAAGAGUGGUUUCUGAAACUGAAAA